UUCUUCUUCACACCAGCACCACCAUGACCUCGCACCUGCUCCGCUCAGCUCUCUCAAGUCCUGUCGCAAACUGAUAUACGGCUUGAAUCUAAUUGCUCUUCUUCUCCAGUUCUCUAUUUGCCACCAUGUCCGCGCCGAAUCUCUACAAUGCCCUUUUGCGACCGCCAAUAAUCCAGAUCCUGCGAGCUACCGGCUUCCACUCAACGCGACCUUCAGUCUUGGACACCCUGGUCGAUAUAGCUGCGCGAUACAUACUUCUUCUCGCCUCCUCAGCCGCUGAGCAUGCCAUAAACAGUCACCCAGACGAGCCAGUACCAGAUCUAGAGGAUAUUCGCCUCGCGCUACAAGAUGCUGGAGCAUUGCGACCGCAGUUAAGAGAGAUGGAGGAGCUGUGGCAGGGCGAGGAAGAUCUUAGGGGAAUAGAAGCCUUCCUGAGCUGGUUUACUGGCCCUGCAAAUCGCGAGAUUAGGCGUAUUGCAGGAUUUGUUCCUAGCCAGGGCGAUGUGAUCGAAGCGGAGUCGCUCGAAAAGGAGGACUACCUCACGUCCCUCAAAAAGAAACAUAGCAAGACAGGCGAAGAGUCGCGAUAUGCCGGCACCGUCCUGGGAAAGAGUGCAGAGGAACAUCCGGUCGUUAUCGAGGGUGGCUAUCCCAGUAUUCGCGACUGGGGAUUGCAGAUCAAAUACCGAGAAGGUUCCUCGGAAAGCGCCUCAUCCACGGUGAGCAGCGUACCGACUGAUCUGUCAGAGAUGGAAGAAAUGGACGUAUGAGGAGAGCAGUCAAAGCGCGACUAUCUACUCGAACCCUUUGCACAUGCCUGUCAGAGUCUGUUAUUAUUCUCUUGGCAACUCAAAAUAUUGGCUUUCCGAGCGACAAAUCCCCAUCUCAUGGAACUGGAGCAUGCUCUCCGGUCUCGAGGUUGGACGGCAUGCGGAGGGGAUUUGCAUUCGACAAACACGUAUCUCUACUCGAGAGUGACCGUAUCAUUACAAGUGGUUCCAUUAAUCAGAUGUCCGGAGCGGCUAAAAGCAGCCACGAAGGCUGAGAGAUCAGGCAGUCCCAUUGAAAGAAACAGGACAAGACGCCGGACUGGAAAGCAUCCAGUUUUGGCAUACUAUAGGGCAAAAUGGAGCUCUUCUGGGAAAUUGUGACCUUGCAUCGCCUCCAAUAACGUGGAUGA